AUGGCUAAUUCAUCAAUAACAAAAUUCCCAUAUCUCUUACCCGGUGAACAUGAUAAUACAUCAUCAUCAUCAAUUGUUCAUACUCAUGGAAUUAAUCGAAAUUUACCAUCAAAUAUUUCUAAAGACAUAUUACAAAACAAAUUUAUUACAAUACCUCGUAUUUAUCAACCAAAAGAACAUGAUUAUGUUAUUGGUAUUGUUAUUGUUCGUACACCUGAUUUAUUUCUUGUUGAUAUAAAUAGUAUUGAAUCAGCUAUAUUACCAAUGACAUCAUUUGAUAAUGGUCGUAGACCAUCACGUGCAACAAUGAAUCGUUUAAGUGUUGUUUAUGCUCAUGUUGUACGUACAGAUUCUUGGACACAAACAGAAUUAUCAUGUCAAUCAAUAGAUCGUUCAAAAAAAAAACAUGAUUUUGGUGUUAUUGAACAAGGAAAUAUUCUUCGAUGUUCAUUAAUAUUAUGUGAAAAAUUACAACGAUCACAAUUAAUAAAUGAAUUACAUCGUAUUAUAAAAAAUUUUCAUAUACGUAUUACACGAAAUGGUUUUAUAUGGUAUUUAACUGAUACAAUUAAUUCAAUGAUUGCUAUAAAAAAUGUUUUAUAUAAACAUGAAUUUGAAAAUAAUAUUGAUUCAUUAAUAAAUUUUUAUUAUGAAAUAAUAGAUAAACUUCAACAACAAGAUGAUAGUUUUAUGAAAGUUAAACAACAACAACAACAAAUAGUAAAAAAAGAUAUAGAAAUAAAAAAACCUGAACAAUCAAAAAAUACUAAUGCAGUUACACGUUUACUUAAUCAAGUUAUUCAAAGUAUUCUUGAUAAAAUUAUUAAUGAUAUUGAAAAUAAUGAGAAUAGAUAA